CCCAAGUUUCAGAUUUCCGGAGAUGAACCGAGCGAGAUGCCUGAAUUGAAGCACAAACGAAACAUCACGUAGGACCAAAGAGAGAUAGCAAUGGAAAUAGACGACAAAACCAAAUCAGGGAGUGUCACGACGGACAAGCCAGAGACGAUAGACGCCCAUCCAGUCCCACGCGACGGGACGGACACCGUCAAACCCGCUGCCCAACCAGCAGAUGAGGAUCACCAACUUGGCGAAUCAUCCAAGUCUAAUGGUGUGACGGUUCCUGCUAAACGGAAAGCGGUCAACGCGGUUGCACAGCAGGAGGCAGCUCCACUUGAGCCACUGGAUGUCCUAGCCAGACGUCGAGUCACUCAGAUCAAGGAAGGUGACAAUGUGCUCUUGCGCCUUCCUUCAGACAGCAUCAAAGCUGUCGUGGCGUCGAAGGAGGGAAUCAUUCCUCUGGGCAAAUAUGGAGGUUUUCCAGCAUACCAGCUACUGGGUCAAUUCUACGACAUCACAUAUGAGAUCAUUCAAGCUGCCAAUCGCACGCCUGUUGAGGCAUCCGGCCCUGCCGACGCUCAAGCAGAUGUAGGCGAAUCGAGUACCAAGAAAGUGGAUGAAGAAGCUUCUAUCGCUGGAUUUGGACAGAAGAAGAGCAAAAAGAAGCAGAGGAGAGCGAAGGGCAAUGAAGGUGAAUCCGGAGGGUUUAGAAGCAAUCCAGCGUGGAAUAAUGAAAUACGGCCUUUCAAGAGUCGUGCAUUGGUAGAUGCAGUGAUCGACGACAUUCAAGAGACAAAUGAGUUCAUUGAUGAUUCUGAAACUGCAAGGGGAUCAUUUCUCUCUCACGAAGAGAUCGCGGAAUUGAGAGCUCAAGGAGUGUCUGCCGAGGAAAUGAUGCGGAGACAAAUUGAACGGCAUGACAAGUUCGACCUGAAGACGGAUUUCAGUAAAGAGAAAUGGCGAAAGAGAAAAGAGAAAAAGUUCUCUCAGACCAUCCAUCCCAUCGCACCGACAGCGUCGAACAUUUGCCUCCAUUACCUCAUCCGCUCUCCUGCCUCUAUUCUACACAUGCGUGAUGACACCUUGUCACAACUGUUGACCUAUGGCAACAUCCGACCCGACGGAAGAUACCUUGUAGUGGACGAUACGGGUGGUCUGGUCACUGCAGCCAUCAUGGAGCGAAUGGGAUGCACCGGGAGAAUAUUGACAUUUACCGAUGCGGACUCUCCGCCGGCAUGGGGAGUGCUAAGUGUUAUGAAUUGGAGUGAGAGAGAAUUGGAAUGUGUAAAGUGGUUAAAUUGGCUCGAAGCGGAGGAGGAUUACGAAAAGGCACCGCCCCCUGAUGAGGAUACUUUGCCCACUGUUGCUGCUCAUAAGACACAUGCAAGAUUACGGCGACACAACCAGCAAGUUGCUGAACUGAACGCCACUCGAAAUGAGCUUCAUCUAGGCCAAUGGGACGGUCUCAUCUUGGCUACUGAAAUGUCACCCAUUUCCAUAUUGGCUCGUCUGACUCCUUAUCUCUCUGGAUCCAGCAAUAUUGUCAUAUACUCUCCGUAUCAACAGAUCCUGGUCGAUGUCUUGGCAUACGCGAAGAAGAACCCCAACUACCUCGCGGGAACUUUGACGGAAUCCUGGACCAGAACAUAUCAGGUCAGUCAGAUCAGGCAGAGACAUUUCAUGGAUCUGUGCCUGGACUGAUGACACCCUCUAGGUCCUUCCCGGACGAACGCACCCUCUCAUGACGACUUCAGCUACCGGAGGUUUCCUCUUUCACGCCAUUCGUGUAUUUGCGACUAAGAGCUAAAGUCGCGGUGUAUGUAUCACAAGUAUGAUUCGCACGCUGUAUAUGUCAAGGCUCACUGAAAAAAUCGCCCUUUCAAGGUCUUGAGGGAGUAGAUUAGCAUUUCGUGGAGGGACACUCUGUAUCUCAACGCUCAGAGUAUCGUCAUGAGUA